AUGUUUGUUCUACUUAUCAAUUUCAUUCAAAGUAGCUUUGUCUGUUUCGUCAUCAUAUCGGCGGUGACCUGGAAUAGUGUCAAGCAUUACGCGGUCAAGUAUGAUGCUAUGCGGGAGGCGCUUAAUGGGAAGAAAGCAUAUUUGUUGCAUGCUGCGAUAGAAUUGGAUGAGCUUCUUAAGCGCAUCAACAGGAAACUGUGUAGAGCUGCAAAGAGGAAUGACAAUAGUCAUGUGAUCAAAGAGAUCGUGAAUGCUCAUCCUGUCAUCAUGGAUUAUAUGGUGAGACAUCUUGAUCUCAUUUCUUCCCAGGCCUCAGAGAUGUCAUCAUCUGCAACAUUGAUCCUUAAAUCUCUUAGAAAAGCCAGUGCGGAUGAUGAGGAAGCACAGCAAAAGCUUGUCAAACUGACCUCCUUUCAGGAACUACUUGAGGAUUUCGUUGAGAAGGCAAAUGCUUUGGGUGUAACAAAGGCUGAGUUGGCUCAUAGAGAGAAAGAGUUGGAAACUUACAAGAAUGCGGGAAUGAAGAAUUGCCACCUCAUUAAAGAGAAGUUUCACCAUGAGUUCGAAAGGGCCGAGGUUCUUAUGCCGGAGAAUGCAAUCAUGGACGUUGGGUUGUUUCGUGUCCACAGAAAUGGGGAAGGGGUAGUUGUGGUGUCUGCGGUUCCAGAAGCUUCAAGGCCUAGUCACGGGUACGAAAAGGUGAAGGUAGCACCACCGCAGCCUCGAGUUGAUGCGCCUUUAGCCGUGGAGCAAGCCAGGAAUGUACCUAUGGAGGGAGCAGUGACUACGGGAGUUGUUGUGGCUGCAGCUUUGGAGACCAGAAGGCAGAACGUGGAGGAAGAGGGAUGA